UCCGCCCUGCAGCGCGCGCAUAAAGCAGCGCACAGAGCAGCAGGAGAGAGAGAGAGAGAAGCCCAGCUGCAUACAGUACUCACACCACAGACACCAAACCAUGGCUCUUGACAUCGAAACUUGGGACCUUGCAUGUGAGUUCAAUAACACAAGCCAUCGCACAGAGCUAAAUGGCACCGAUCGCCUGAUAGUGCGGAGAGGAGAGCCAUUCACAAUCAACCUGAACCUUCGCUCUGGCUCCUACGAGCCUGGAGUCCAUCAGCUUCACAUCACAGCAGAGACAGGGCCAAAUCCUGUGGAGGAACAUGGUACUAAGGCUGUUUUCGGUCUGAGUGAUGAUAUUGAUAAUACUCAGUGGAGCGCAGCAGUAACCAGUCCCCCUGCGGACAUUGUCACUUUGUCCAUCUGUUCUGCCCCUGAUGCACCAAUCGGCCGCUACACCAUAACUCUGGACAGCAGAAUUCGGUUUGAAUUGAUACUCCUGUUCAACCCCUGGUGCACUCGAGAUGUGGUGUACAUGAACAGUGAGACGGAUCUGGAAGAAUACGUUCUGGCUCAGGACGGAAUUAUCUUCAGAGGAGACGUCAAUUAUCCAGUGCCUUUAGCAUGGUAUUUUGGCCAGUUUGAAGAAGGCAUUCUGGAUGUGUGUCUAAAAAUUUUGGAUGUGAACCCUAAGUGCCAGAAGGACCAUGGGAAAGAUUGUUCUGGCCGCCGCAACCCUAUCUAUGUUUCUCGAGUGCUUAGUGCUAUGGUGAACAGUAAUGACAGAGAUAAUGGGGUACUGGAAGGCUGCUGGAAGACAACCUUUGACGGUGGAGUCAGUCCCAUGUCAUGGAGAGGAAGUGUGGAUAUUCUCAAGACAUGGAACUCUACUUCAUGUCUGCCUGUUCGUUAUGGACAGUGCUGGGUGUUUGCUGCUGUUGCCUGCACUGUGUCUCGAGCUUUGGGUAUCCCCUGCAGAGUGGUGACAAACUACCUCUCAGCCCAUGACACCAACAGCAACCUGGUGAUUGAGCGCUAUAUGGAUGAAAACGGCCAGCUGCUGAACACCAGCAGAGACAUGAUCUGGAACUACCAUUGCUGGGUGGAGAACUGGAUGGCUCGUUCUGAUUUGAAAGCAGGCUUUAAUGGCUGGCAGGCCAGUGACCCAACACCCCAGGAGAAGAGCGAUGGGGUGUUCUGCUGCGGGCCAGUCCCAGUGAACGCUAUAAAGGAGGGAGAAAUCACCUGUAAGUAUGAUGCUCCAUUUGUGUUCUCGGAGGUAAAUGCAGAUGUGGAGACCUUCCUAAAGUACAAGGAUGGCAGCACAAAAAAGGUUAUCAGUACUACUAGUGUUGGCCAGAAAAUCAGCACUAAGCGUGUUGGAAGUGACGAGCGCGAGGACAUCACACACCUUUACAAGUACCCAGAAGGCAGUGCUGAGGAACGAGAGGCAUUUAAAAAAGCCAACCACCAAAACAAACUUCUCAAACUGCAGGAAAAUACUGGCCUACAUAUCACCAUCAAGGUCGCCACCGAGAUGAGGAAGGGCUGUGACUUUGAAGUCUUUGCCUUGGUAACCAACCAGACAUCGGUGGUAAAGAAGUGUCGUCUAGUGUUCGCUUCACGUGCCAUGUCCUAUGAUGGAGUUGUUGGGAAAGAAUGUGGCUUUAAAGACCUACUCAAUGUUGAGUUACAACCUGGAGGAGAGAGGAAGGUCCCACUGAGGCUGAACUACAAUAAAUACUGCAAUGCAAUAACACCUGACAACCUGAUCCGUCUGGGCGCUCUGUUAAUCGACUACAGCACCAAAGAAGGCAUUCUGGCUAUGCGCACUAUUGUCCUUGAAAACCCAGAGAUCAAGAUAAAGAUCCUGGGUGAACCUAAAGAGAACCGCCAGCUGGCUGCAGAAAUCACGGUGAAGAACCCACUGCCAGAGACUUUGGAAGCAUGCUGCUUCAGCAUCGAGGGAGCCAACCUCACUGGAGGCAAGACCAUCACUGAGAGUAUUUCAACCAAUAUUGGACCUGGACAAGAAGGCAAGGUCAAAAUCUACUUCACACCAACCCAUUAUGGCUUGCGCAAACUGCUGGUGGAUUUUAACAGCGACAAACUUGGUCCAGUAAAAGGGUUCAGGAAUGUUAUCAUCGGCAAAUAAUGGCUUUUUGACUUCAGCGAUGCUUUAGUGUGAACCUAGUGAAAAUAGCACACAUUGUAGAUCAAGAAUGUUACAAACCUAAGGUAAUUUCUGGCACUGCGAUAAGUUUGUCUUGAUGAGUACACUAAAAGCAUUUUUUGUCAUUUUAUAAGAUUUUAUAAGAUUAUGAUCAUAAGAUUAAAGAUUUUUAUACAUUUUAUAUGUAUUUCCAUUUUAACCAGCAUUUAAAUCUGCAGCAGUUUUGUUUGAAAUUAAAUGAGACAAUCUUGAGGAAAUAAGGGAUAUAUAUAUAUUUUUUUUCCUUAUAUGUUCUUACACAGGGAUGUGCCUCAUCUACAGUAUACUAUAUUAUUUAGAGGAGGAAACAGGUUGAACAGUGUAAAUUCUCUUUUCCCCAGAUGUCUUUUUGUGUGUGUGUCGGCCAUGGCUAACUCUAAACUGUAUGACAUCAAUGUGACAAUAUGGCUUAUAUAUCUUUUAUAGGAUUUUUUAGUCUACACUGCAAUUAUUCUUUAAACAUGUUGCUUUCUCUAACUGCCUUAAAAAUGCCUUUUUUUUCAGCUUUAAAUCUAACUUUAUAUUUAGAGCUCCCUCGAUUUCUGGCUGUGAAAGUGGGUAGGGUGAUAUAAGGAGGCCAAGUACUAAAUGUCACAGUGGAACAGUAUAUACAAAAUAUAUAUUUAUCAUUUCUAUAAAGACACAUAAAAUUAAGUUACAGUAGUGUGCACCAUUAUUGGUUAAUGCAUGUUUUUUGUAAAACAGCUACUCUGUAUUAAAGUUUUAUAAUGUUGUGAAA